GGCCUCCAGGGGGCGCAUGUUCAUCUGAAGACAGUCCUCCUGUCCGUUGGCUCUUCCGUUUCCGUGAGGCAAGAGCCGCAACAACACAGCCACAGACAGGUUUAGAUUAAGAUUAAAACCAUUUGAAGAAUAAUCGUGUCUGAGGAUGUCGGGGCAGAAGCGUCCUGCUGAUCCGAGCGGUUCCUCGUCCUCCGGUGCGCCCCCCGAGAAGCGGAGGGAGAGGGAGGGAGAGGACGGGGGUCCCGGUGUCAGCGCCGGGGGGAGCACCGCGGUGGAGACAGUCAUCAAACUGGGAGGAGUGUCCAGCUCAGAGGAACAAGACAUCAAAGCUCUUCAGGCAAAGAACCGAAAGUUGGGGGAAGCUCUUGAUCAAAGACAGGUGAUUGAGGAUGAACUGCGAGAGCGUAUAGAGAGGCUGGAGACCCGCCAAGCUACUGAUGAUGCCAGUCUGCUGAUUCUCAAUCGAUACUGGAACCAGUUCGAUGAAAACAUCAAACUGACUGGCAGACGUUAUGAUCAAGCGAGUAGCGAGCCUGAGAAACCUCUGGCAAGUGAAGGACGGAGCCUGAAGCCAGAAACUCCAGAACCUGAUGGCGACUCGAACCAGGAGAGAGCAAAGGACAGAGGCCACCAGGGAGAGACAACAAACUCCUUCUUAGCCACACUGGCGAGCAGCAGCAGUGAGGAGAUGGAGGCUGAGCUCCAAGAGCGGGUAGAGUCCAGCCAGAAGCAGGCUAACCAUGUGGUGGAGAUCUACGAGUGUCUGAAGAGUAUUGUGGAUAAACUGAAGACUGAGCGGGACUCUGGAGCAGAGGCCAGUCUGUGGCAGAUAGCCUCCAAACUAAACACACUCCUGACCAGUGAGAACGAGCGGCUGCAGCAGCUGACAGAGGACCUCAAGCAGAGGCACAGUCAGAUGACGAGUGAGUCCCGGUCUCUGGGUCGUGCAGCUAACAAAGCAGACCAGCGUAUCGGCGAGCUACAAGUUCUGAUUGAUGAGCUCCAGUGGGACAUGGAGAAGAUCCGCCGCAGAGAGAACAGACUGAAUGCACACUUGAGUGAGAUACUGGAAAGGGUGAACAGCAAAGGCUAUAAAGUGUGCGGGGAGGCCAGCAGUGUCUGUGGAACCAUCACAAUUAACAAGAGAAAGUUUGAAGAAAUGAACAGUGAGAUGGACGAGAGCAGAGAGCUGGCAGAUAACCGUCUCAUCGAGCUGCAGAAGCUCCAGCAGGACCUGCAGACUGUGCACCAGGAGAACAACAGCAUGAAGGCCGAGCUGAUGAGUCGAGCAGAGGGUAUGGUUAAAGACACUUCUGAGUACCGCUGUCUUCAGUCGCAGUUUUCUGUUCUCUACAACGAGUCACUGAUCCUUAAGGCUCAGUUAGAUGAGACACGCGCCCGACUUAACACUACCAGAACGGCGAGGCUUCGACAGCUGGAGCACAUGGAGAAGAACGAUGAGGUGGCUCUGCAGAGGAAGGUACGCACGGAGGUGUUUCAGCUGGAGGACACUCUGGCUCAGGUCAGGAAGGAGUACGAGAUGCUGCGUAUUGAAUUUGAACAGACCCUCGCUGCCAAUGAGCAAGCAGGACCCAUCAACAGGGAAAUGCGUCACCUGAUCAGCACGCUGCAGACGCACAACCAGCAGAUGAAGGGAGAGGUGGUGAAAUACAAGAUUAGACUGAGAGAGACUCAAACUGAGCUCAACCAGGUCCGGGCCUCAAAAGGAAAUGCUAUUCUUCAGUCGCAGUCAAGCACGGAGAUGGACGUAAAGGAUGAGACAACCUCUCCUACUCCAGCCAUCUCUGGAGAUCCUGCGAUCAAGACAGAUCCUGACAACGGCUCCUCAACACCCAACAGCACUGGAGCCUCAGUGAAAACGGAGCCUGGACUAGAGCCUGAAGGGACAGUAAAAGAGGAGGACAAAGAGGAGAAAAAAGAGAAGGAUGAAAAGAAAGACAAGGAGGUCUUAAAGAAAGAGGAGAAAGACCGAGAGCGAGAGAAGGAGAAGGAAAAAGAGAGAGAGAGGCCGACCCGCAGCAGUGGGAGCGGCGGCGCGAUAAAGGAGGAGAAGGAGAAGCCGGGGAGCAGCGGCCAACCAGAGGAGACAACUGGGGAGCGCCCGUCGAUGGUUGGAGGAUCAAAGAGGAAGGAGAUGGAGCAGCUGAAGAUCGUCAGGGCAGAGCUCAAAAAAGCUCAGGAGUCCCAGAGGGAGAUGAAGCUGCUGCUGGACAUGUACCGCUCGGCACCAAAGGAGCAGAGAGACAAAGUCCAGCUCAUGGCUGCAGAGAAGAAGUCCAAGUCAGAGGGGGAGGAACUGCGGCAGAGGCUGAGAGAGCUGGAGGAGCGAGAAAGGAGGGAGGGCAAGAAAAUGGCAGAUGAAGAGGCUCUGAGGAAGAUCCGCUCUGUGGAGGAGCAGAUUGAUAUCCUCAACAAGAAACUCUCUAUAGCUAAACAGGAGGAGGACGCGCUGCUGAGCGAGAUGGACGUCACGGGCCAGGCCUUCGAAGACAUGCAGGAACAGAACAUUCGUCUGAUGCAGCAGCUCAGAGAGAAAGAUGAUGCAAAUUUCAAGCUGAUGAGCGAGAGAAUCAAGUCCAACCAGAUACACAAGCUGCUCAAGGAGGAGAAGGAGGAGUUAGCCGACCAGCUGCUCACCCUAAAAACCCAGGUCGAUGCCCAGCUGCAAGUGGUGCGGAAGCUGGAGGAAAAGGAGCGCCUCCUGCAGGGCACGAUCAGCACUGCAGAGAGGGAGUUGGCACUGCGAACACAAGCCUUAGACAUGAACAAGCGCAAGGCGCAGGACUCUGCUUUGCUGUCGGAGGAGGUGCGGACUCAGCUGGAGCAGGUACAGCAGAAACUGAACCUGGUCAGAGAGGAGGUUGUAGAGAACAGCAUCUCCCGGGAAAAAGAGUCCUUCAAUGCCCGACGAGCACAGGAGGACAUCUCCAAACUCAGGAGGAAGAUUGAAAAAGCAAAGAAGCCAGCAGAGAAAAUCAGUAGCGGGGAUGACAUCCUUAAUGAAGAAAUCAAUGACUAUAAGGCACGUUUAACAUGUCCCUGCUGCAACUCUCGAGUGAAGGAUGCAGUCCUGACUAAGUGCUUCCACGUCUUCUGCUUCGAGUGCGUCAAGACACGCUACGACACUCGGCAGAGGAAGUGCCCAAAGUGCAAUGCUGCCUUCGGAGCGAACGACUUCCACCGCAUUUACAUUGGCUGAAGCUGCUGUGAUAUUAAACACUGCCCGGAGCAGAGGACUCCCCUCUCUCUGAACAUGGAACUCCCUCUCUCCUGAGUGUAAAAGACACUACGAGUGUGAUAUCUGCGGCUGCAGUGACCCUCUGAACUGAACACUUUUAAGUGUGUUCUUUAACAGUGACUGAAUUCAGCUUCUUUAUCCAGUAUUCACCACUUUACUGUGCAUUCUCAGAAACCACUGGAGAAGGAAUGUAGAGACCUGAGAUUCUGCAAAUUUGCAUCACAUUCCAAGUGUGUGUGUGUGCGUGUGUGUGAGAGAGAAGCGAGAAAGGCAAUUAAACAAACCAACUUACAAAUAAGAAACAUACAGUUAAAAGAACUGUAGUGGAUGUAUGUGUAUGUUGACGUGUGUACUGUUUGUCAUUGUUAAAUUUUUUUUACUUGAGAGCUGCCUCUUCAUGCUCUGAACUGUUCAGAAAUCUGUAACACCUGACUUGAUGCUGUUUUUUGCUGUUCUUCUAGGUAUUAAACUGAAUUCUGAAGGGAC